CUUACCAAUAUGGCAGUGAUACGUAUGACAACUGCAACUCCACUACACAGCUAGGAAAUAAUAACUUAUUAUUUGUUCAUAAUACUUUAUUUGCACAUAAUGUCGACCCCGGGGCGCGGGCGCGGCUACUCGGGCCGCCACCAUCUGCGCUCCCCUCGGCCCGGCGACGACGAUGCGCGCGCCUUGGCUGAAUUGAGCCCCAGAGCUACAGCUCCCAUGUUCACAGACAAAGAGCCCAAACAGGAGAAAGAGAAGGAAGAUGUGGGAGAUAAGGAGAGGAAGAGAGAGGAAGUGAAGUAUCAUGUGAGCGGAGAAGAUGAAACGGCUUUGAAAGAGCUGCUGCAGAUUGAGGAGCAGUUUACUCCGCUUCUGACAUUGUUGGAACAGUUCUCGCCGGGCGAGGACGGAAUCGCGUUCAACAGGAAAUUGAAGCAUUUCGAGACUACGGUGUCCAGCAUAUGCCCUGAUGAGACGCGCCUGCAACAAGCUUUCGGCUCGUUCCGCGCGGCGGCGCUGCUGUCGGCCGUGACGUCACGCAAACUGGCGGCCGUGGGUGCCUCCUUCACGCGCCAGUCACGACAACAGUUACUGCGCGGCGCUCUACUAAACGUCGUUAUGCAGGGGACAUUCUCUAAAUUGGACGUGCUAGAGAGAGCCAAUCCCCUAUUCCUCAUUAAUGCUGCUAACCUCAUGGGGGAUUACUUCGCAGAAGCGCGUCUAUGCAACGGUAAUAAGGUCCACAUCCUGGCCGGUCCACUGCUUCAGUACAUGAAGGCCCUGCUCGCGAGUGAUGACAUUCGCGCACACCGCAGUCUCGCCACACAGUUAAUGCAGAAUGGCAGAGAACUCCUAUCAGUCUUAUCUCAAGAAUUAGAUGAACUCUCCAUAUCCAUCCGUCUUCGUCUCCUCUCCCCGCCUCCCUCCAGCAUCAUCUGGCUCCUGCUAUCUGCAGACCUCUGUCUCAACAAGUUCCUCCCGCUGCCCAACACGCUACAACAGUUCUACGCUGCACACCUAGACCUAGCCUCCGAAGACAACUACAGCGAAGUCAGCUACGGAUCGUGGAAGAAAAGCCCGGAGAAAGAGGAGUAUAACCGAACUGAUGUCAGCUCAGACUUAAGCGACAAAGUCUCUCAGAACAUCUCUCAAAUAAGCCUCGACGGGGACGGAGAGAUGAAACCCAAACUCAGACCUAUAUUAGGCGCUGGUGCCGGACUUCUAAGACAGGAACAAGCAUUAUCUGUCAGCCAAGAUAACUUCGAUACUUGGACUAGCAAAAACAGUCUUAGCAAGAGAUAUGACUUGAACUCUUGGAGGCAAGAAGAGGAAAAGAAAGAGGAGGAACCUGUGUUCAAUCCUACAGUUCUACCCCCGAAUCUACAGCAGACCUAUCCAGUCACUGUCCCAGAUUACCCGCCACCUAACGUACCAAAUGUAAACAGAUUUAACAACUACCUACAAGAGAAUUAUCCUAACUAUUUACAGCAAGGCGACGGAGCGUACAUACAAAACUCUUAUACCUCAAACACUAAUUUUAACUCACAAGGAGAUGGUUUCGUUCAACAGUUCCCGAACGACCGACCAGCUCCGGAGAGAGUCAAUAACGAAGUACAAAAAACAAGCGCCAGGCGGCCUGUAGAAAACUGGCGGAAAGAUAAAGAGGUCGAAGAUCCAAACAGAAAUAGACAGAGGAAUUGGACUCGACAGCGCUCUAAAGAUAGCGUUAAUGAUGAAAAAGAGCCAGAAAAAGAGGAGAGAUACCGGUCGAACUCUAGAAAUUCCAGAGAGAAAGUCCCCGGGAGAUUCAGGCGUAACAGCACAGAGAAUCCAGACGGAGUUGUGAGCGGUACAGGGAAGACUCCACCCAGAAGACAUGUCUCCGAUGUCCCGAGGAGUCAGAAAUAUUGGGACCACGACGAUAGAUGUGACAAGGAUUAUAGCAGUUAGUGAUUUAAAUAUAAUAUUAUUCUAGUAAAAUUUUAAGUGACUGUGUGAAAUUCAUUUGGAUUUUGCGGUAGCCAAGAUUUCUGAUGUUUCCUAUGAAAGCGAUAGGUAUGUGACUAAAAAUAUUAUAAUCAAGAUUUUUUCAUAAAGGGAGGUUUAAAUUAAUGAAGAGUGAUAAAUCAAACACAAAAAGCAAGAACGAGAAAAUAAGGGGAUUUUGUAUAUUAAAAUAAGAUGGUGUUUAACAUCAAAGUAUAAUAACCGUAUUAUUUUUUUCGCACUGAUCAUUGAUAACAAAAAAUAAGAGAUUUCAUUUCUGUGUUGUCAGUCUUUUGAACACAAAAUAAGCUGUUUACAUGUACAGAUGUAAUGCAUAAUUGUUUUCCAUCGUAUUUACUCGGAAACGUUCGUAUUUGUCAUGCUACUUCAGUCAACCUCAGUACUUUUGUAACGAGACUGACUGAAGUAGCAAGACACGUUCGUACAUUUCCCUGAAAUAACUAUGCACUACAACUAACUAGUGCUACUAUUUUUUCCAUGGAUGUACACUAAACAGAAACAAUGACAACUUUGCCCAUGUAUCAGAAACAAGACAGUUUCAACUUUGCCCACCGACGAAAUAAAAGUGACACCAAGUCUCUUAAAUUCUCUUAUCAGUUUCAAUUUGCUGCCAUCCCACAUAUCGUGGCGAUCCUUAUACGAAUGUCAUAAAGUUCAUAUUGGCAUGGCAGUAUUAAUAGUAAUAACGUAAUCUUCAGAUACUUAUAAAAAAGCGAAAGAUAAUUUUGAUUGGUCUUAAAUAGAUCACGUUGGUGAAGUAGGUAAAUGAAGUUAAUAAAAUGGUUGCUAAAAUAUUAUAAAUUUUGACUAAUGUUACAAAUAACGGAUUUAAAGUCUAAGUCCAAAAGUAGCAUCAUAGUCUUAAUAAAUAUUUAGGUUUAUUAAAACAAGGCAACCUUCAAAUAAGUCAGUUGGGUUUGUGUUAACUUUGAACUAUGAAUGUCCUAUCAAAUCAUGAUAACAUGCAACGUGAAUUAUUCCCCUAACCUAUACAGCAUAAAAAUAAACUCAUUAUAUUUCAUAUUUUACAAAAAAAAACUGUUAACUAGCGAAAUUUUGUUUUAAAAUACAAUUAUUUUCAUAUCUUCAUCCCGGGACUUUUAUCCCUUUAUAUUAUUUGCUCAAUUCUCUACAGUACCUUAAUUCAUGACAAAAAUAGAAAUAUUCCAAUAGAUACAGGAUAUAGAUAUUUAUGAUAUGAUUCACAUUUUUGUACCAUCAAAUCUGUCAACUUUGCCCUUAAAUUUUCUGCAAUAUUAUGCUAAACAAUAAACAUGGGCAAAGUUGAAAAUUUGAUGGGCACAAAAUUGCCGAUUAUAUCUGUAAAGAAUAUAGUUAUACUUAUAAAAUAAACGAGGGUUAAUUUAAUACACUAGUAUAAUACAAAUAAAUAGGUACACUACUAGACACUCCAAUAGAUUUACUCAAUUAUGAAUACACAUAUUCUAAAUUCGUGUUGUAUUUCAUAAAAACAGUGCUCAUAUAUUAUUAUUUCCAUUGUAACAUUAAUGAAAUGCAUAAUAUUAAAUUAAUUUGUGUAAUUAGUCCAUAAUCUUUUUUUCGUUUUUUUUUAGCAUUAGAAAGAACUUGGAAGAAGGUAAGCGAUCUUGACAUGUCUUUUAAUUGAAAAACGCUUUUUAAAAACCAAAAACUAUUACUUAUGAAAGCAGAAGAAUAAAAAUGAUCGCAUUAGAUUCAUAAUUGUUACAUAUUUGCCGUAACUUAUUUUUAAAAUAUGUUUUUCAAUUAAAAGACACAUCAAGAUUGUUUACCUGAUUUCUAAUGCUAAAGAAAACGAAGUUUAGAUGUUUAUUUAAAUUAUAGUCAUAGUUUUUGUAUGUAAGUUAGUCUGGUGCAUUUAUUAUAAGAAACUGAAACAUCAAAGAAAUGGGUUGCCUAUCACAGAAUAAUGACAAUCAAAAUACUAUUAAUAAUAUGCUCAGUCUGCAUAAUAUACUAGUUAAUCAAAACUAGAUGUAGGGCAAAUCAUGUUACUGUAUAUUACAUGCCUAGCGAUUUCUAAGCUAGGCGCAUAUUUGCCUUAUAAAUCAAGGAAUAAAAUAAAUUGAAAUACAGGGUGUCCCAGAAUUCGACGUCAAGCCGUAAACGGAUGAUAGACCAAGUCAUAACAGUUAUCAUAAAAAUACAAAAAAAAAUUCAACUCAUGUUCUUUAAAAAAUAUGGUCAUUUUAAAAAUUCACAAAAAAAAUCCACACCCUGUAAUUAUUCAAGAUUACACAAUAAUAAAAAAAUUAGAAUAAAUUAUGGAAUUUGUAGUAACAAGAGUUAAAGAACCAUUACAGGGUGCGGAUUUUUUAGUGAAUUUUUAAAGUGACCAUAAUUUAAAAAAAAAACAUGAGUUGGAUUUUUUUUUUGUAUUUUUAUGAUAACUGUUAUGACUUGGUCUAUCAUCCGUUUACGGCUUGACGUCGAAUUCUGGGGCACCCUGUAGGUAUGAAAUCCUGAAGUACUUAUAGUGUUAGUUAGGAAUUUAGGAACUAUAGCAUGGACAACCCAAUAGGCUCUAAGUUUUCAUAGGGUAACGACUCAAAAGCUUCAGAUUUAAUACUGGCAAAAACUCGCAAUACUAGGAAUUAAACUCUAUUAGAUCAAAUACCAAUCCAAUAUAACCCAAGUAGUACUUUUAAGGGUAUGCAAUUUUUCCCAACUUUAUGUAACUUUGCCCACACAGUUAAAUAGUCUCAGGUCGGAACGUCAUUUUCGAGCAAGAAUGAUUUUUCUAAUAGUUUAACCCUUUACCAGGCUAAGGGAUAUAUAUUUCCCACAUACGGAUACGGCGCUUCAACAUGUGUUCUAUUUUCGAUUAGUAAGACUGACAUUCGAUUGUCAUUUUUAGGGUUCCGUACCCAAAGGGUAAAACGGGACCCUAUUACUAAGACUUCGCUGUCUGUCCGUCUGUCACCAGGCUGUAUCUCACGAACCGUGAUAGCUAGACAGUUGAAAUUUUCACAGAUGAUGUAUUUCUGUUGCCGCUAUAACAACAAAUACUAAAAACAGAAUAAAAUAAAGAUUUAAAUGGGGCUCCCAUACUACAAACGUGAUUUUUGACAAAAGCACCGUCGGGAGUGGUCAGUACUUGGAUGAGUGACCGUUUUUUUAAUUUUGCUUUUUUUUGUUUUUUUUUUUGCAUUAUGGUACGGAACCCUUCGUGCGCGAGUCCGACUCGCACUUGCCCGGUUUUUUUUAAAUGCCAGCCUGAUAAAGGGUUAUAUAAGUAAUGUUCGUUGUGGCGAGUAGAAUAGCAUAGGUGCUAUGAUAUCCGUUUUUAAUUAUUAACCCAUGAUGAAACUAUUAUCGAAAAUCGUUCACUCAAUUUACGUUAUUGUUUCGACGGAACUUGCAAUAUUAACUGCCUUAAGAAGUUGUACAGUAAGCUACAUAGUUAGCUGACCCCCCUGCAAACAAAUUUAUAUAUAUGGAGUAGGGGGGUCAGUUAUCUCUGCAGCUGGAGUUUUUGCCAAAAAAACAUUGAAUUACUAGUACCUGUAUAGUAAAUGCUGCACAAUCUUGUUUCAGUACACAAAAUCUAGAAUAAUCUAUACCAGCGGUCGGCAACCCGCGGCCCGCGAGCCUCCCUGGCUACUUUGUAUGUAAUACAUAUUGACAAACGACAAUGUCUGAUAAAGUCAUAAAUAUUAACAAAAUGCGGCCCGCGGCCACUUCGUUAACUGCUAUGUGGCCCUUGGCUGCUAAAAGGUUGCCGACCGCUGAUCUAUACGCUUAGAAUAAUUGACGAAUAGGAUAUUUUCAUAAUGGAUUAUGUUGGAAUAGAAAGGUAUAUUAUACGAGAGUGAACCAACUUAGCUUGGCAGAUUUUAGGGAAAGGCGGGUGUACAGUGACAAUCAGAUAUCGUUCGAGGUUUUCUUGUCAAUGAAUGCAUGUUCAGAUAUUGAUCAGUACAUUGGACGAUUUGAUGAGAUAUAUCGGAGCGCCCAACGUGCUCACAAAUAUCUGAACACGCCUCUAUUGUCAAGGUGUUAGAGUGCGUGUUCCAAUAUUUGUGAACACCUUGGCCGCUCCGAUAUAUCUGAUGGCGACUGUAUAAAGACAGUGCAAUAGCUACGGAAUAAGUAUCGAGACCAUUUAUGUGAAACGCGUGAAAGUGAUAGCAUACACUGGAAUAUAUAUACAUUUUAUAUUGAGAUGAAUAAUAUUGAUUUCUUAGAUUGACUUUUGGGCUGCAACUCGUCGAGAAAUCAAGUUUCGGUCUUGUAGGAUUCGAUUAUGUAGUCGUAUCAAAAAUAGGUAGUUUUCGAUACUUACUGCUGCAGUUUGCUACUAGUCCAUUGAUCUACCUUUGGAUCGAGAGAACUAGAGACCAAGCUAAGUUGGCAGCGAUUUUGAUAGCCCAGGUGUGCCAGUGUUAUUUACACGUCAUAAUCUCAUAGAAGUUUGACGUUUAAGUUAACACUUGCACCGUCUGGGCUGUUAAAAACGCUGCCGACUUAGCUUGAUGUAAUUCUACAAGUAAUUUAAAGAAUCCAGUGUAUGCAUGGCCUGCGAAGGAUUUAGAGUAACAUACAAUUUGGUUUCGCCAAAGUAGUCAGAGAUGUAGAUUUCAUUUAAUACUUAGGAAUUAAUUAUGAGUACCUACGAGAUAAUGUUAAGGUAACGUAAAUUUCGAAAUUCUAUGCUCGAUUAUUGCAAUAGCGACAGAGAUGGGUACAGAAUUUCGAAAAAGGAUUGUGUGGUCAUAAUCCAAGCUUCUAUUUCAUCAAUAUGACAAUUCUCAUCACAGAUGUAGUGCAUAAUCAUAGAUUAAUUAGGCAUAAUUGUUUUCCAUCGUUCUCGGAAACGUUCGUAUUUGUCAUGCUACUUUAGUCAACCUCAGUACUUUUUGUACCGAGACUGACUGAAAUAGUAAGACACGUUCGUAUACGUGAAAAUACGACGGAAAAUAACUAUGGACUACAUCUGUGUCAGAUGGUAAAAUAUAGUCAGACCGAGAAAAAGUCUGCAGCGAUUUUGAUAGCAUACGCAGUGCAAGUGUCAUUUUAAACGUCAAACUUCUAUGAAAUCAUGACGUAUUAAUAACACUCACUGCGAGGGCUAUCAAAAUCGCUGCAGACUUUUCCUGGUGUAACUCUAGAGGUGAGGCGGGGUAAACUGGUCGCGUUUGAGAAACAUCACAUUUACUCCAAUGGGUGCCACUUACCCUAACUGAGAAUGUUAAUUUUGUAUUCUAUUUUAUAAUAUCGGAAAAUGUAUGUCAUGUUUAGAUUGACUAGGACGUGUGAGCGAACUUAAAAUCUAUUCUAAUGGUAUAAAAGCGCAAAAUUGCAUGCGGCAGUGCGAUAAUGUAAGGUGCGGAUAUGACGCGUAGAUUUUGUAAGAAUUGCUAUAAAAUAUUAGAAUUAAAGUUUCUUAGAAUGCUCGGGAAAGAUUUGUAUAAAUUUUGGGUUCCAUUAUGCUCGACAGUCUUCACUGUUAUUGUAUAAUAAUAUUUAUGAAUAUUGUAUUUUAUGUAAAAUAUCUGUUGUCAAAAGAGCGAACAUGACGAUAUGAUGUCGCUGUUAACAAUAUUCUUUAAAUAUUUUAUAUGUACGGGCAUAAUUUCUUUAAAUGAAAUCUUGUGUAAAAAGUAACCAUGUUUGUCUAUUUUCAAUGGAAUUGUAGAACAAUUGGUUAUGAGUUUAGUUUAAAUGAAACAACUUACGUUCAGUAUGAUUAAUUUUAUUUCUAGAUUAUUACAUGGAAAUGGCGGCGGCUGCUGCAUACAGAAAUUAUGUAAUCUCGAAUAAAUUGAAAUUUAAUUUC